CAUAUGCAGUUCUUUCCAAGAUGUCGAUUCCAUUCUCCAGCACCCAUUACCGAAUUCCACAAGGAUUUGGGAAUCUUCUUGAAGGACUGACACGUGAGAUUCUGAGGGAGCAACCAGAAAAUAUACCAGCUUUUGCCGCAGCAUAUUUUGAAAACCUCCUAGAGAAAAGAGAUAAAACCAACUUUGAUCCAGCAGAAUGGGGGGCUAAGGUAGAUGAUCGCUUCUACAACAACCAUGCAUUCAAGGAGCAAGGAUCACCUGAGAAAUGUGAGCCUGAACAAGGAAAGUCUCAGACUGUGGAAGGGAAAGAGACCCCAGUCACCACCUUAGAAUCUUCUGAAGAAAAUAAGGAAAAAGAGGAGGUUGCUGCUGUCAAAAUCCAAGCUGCCUUCCGGGGACACAUGGCCAGAGAGGAGGCAAAGAAAAUGAAAGCAGAUAAUCUCCAAAAUAAAGAAACAGAGAAAAAUAUGUGAGGAUACAUGGGUUUUACUCCCAGAAAACAUGAAAAAAUAAUCCAAAUCCAUCAACUUUGAUCUUAUUGUCAUUUUCUUUCCUUAGUAAGGGAGAUUUGAUGUUGUGAAAUAGCAUUUGUUGCUGUUGUGAAAAUCUGUCAUGAGCAUUUGUUUAAUAAACAUACCACUGAAACAUACCACUUGAAGAUUUCCCUGAGAUCAUGAAUCUUGUUUAUAAUUGUCCUAAGUCUAUGCAUAGAGACCCUUGAAUUUAGAGUUAUAGAAUGGGAGUAUCUGAGUUUGUGGAGAUCUCAGAGGUUAUGUGGUCUAACCAUUAUCGGAUGAAUAAAUAAUCUCUAUCACAUC